AUGGCUACCGGAGUGGAUGCGCGGCUUUUGAAGUCGACCAAGUUCCCGCCCGAGUUUAGCCAGAAGGUUGAUAUGCAAAAGGUCAAUCUCCAGGUCAUGAAGAAAUGGAUCGCGGGCAAGAUAUCCGAUAUCCUUGGGAACGAAGACGACGUAGUGAUUGAGCUUUGCUUUAAUCUGAUCGAAGGCCCGCGAUACCCAGACAUCAAGUCACUCCAGAUCCAACUCACGGGCUUCCUCGAUAAAGAUACUGCGUCUUUCUGUAAAGACCUAUGGAGAUUACUGUUGAGCGCCCAGGCCAGUCCUCAAGGCGUGCCUAAGGAGCUCCUCGAAGCUAAAAAGCUGGAGCUCAUCCAGGAAAAGAUUGAAGCCGAUCGUGCCGCAGAGAGCGCCAAGAAGAGGCGAGAUGAGUGGGAUCGCCGUGAUCGCGAACUCGUGGGGAUACCUGGCAAGGGCGACGAGGCGACCGCGAAUUUGAUAAUCGAGGAAGAGGAGGCUUCAGAAGAGGAGGUGGGAGGUCUCGAUCUCCGGGUCCCCGCUUCCGCGACUCGAGAGACUCCUACGGUCGCGACAGUUACGUCCCUCGUGGGAGGCGCGGCGGUGGCAGAGCUGGACCUGGUCGACGAAGGUCCCCUGCUCGAUCGCCUUCAGCAUCUGGCUCAUCUCGAUCGAACUCGCGCGGCCGUAGUGCGUCGCGCAGCACCAACAGAUCUGACAGUCGGCGACGACCCUCAUCACCCGGAAGACGGAGAGACGGGCGAAAGAGAUCACGAUCACCCGGAGGCGACACCUACCGAGGCCGAGCAAACCGUCGGAACGAGGGAGGGCGUAGAGCUGCUGCAUCUCGCUCUGCAUCCUCGGAGCGACGUUCGCCUUCUCCAAAGCGAAGACGAUACUCUUCUUCAAGAAGCCGAUCGCCGAAGUCGGAGCCGAGGUCGCAGUCCCAGUUACAGCCGCAGCCGCAGCCGUUCCAGCAGUGCGGCAAACGACCGAAGGUCAAAAGGCAAGGGUCGAAGAGACAAGUCUUCAGACAUGGAGGAUGAUCGACGCCGGCAAAGGCGACCCAGCCCUGAGCGGCGUGGCCAACGUCAAGCAAAGAGACGGGAAUCGCCCAGCGGUCGACGACGCAAUAGUUCUUCAGCUUCUUCACGCUCAAGGGCCAGAGACAAGUUAGCUGAUGUUUCUGAAGAUGAAUCUCGUGCCCCACCAACCAAGCCCGAGGCAGAACCAGCGGCAUCUACUUGA